AUGAAUAAUAGUUAUAAUCAGUAUCACAAUUUGUAAGAUAUACCAUAAAAUAAUCAUAUUGGUAUGUAACCUUAUCAGAUUGGAUAGCCAAUAAAUUAAUAAUAAAAUUAUAACAGUAAUUUAUGCAAUAGCAAUAACUAUGGCUAUUAAUACCCUUAGCAAUAAGUAGAAUUAAAUUAACUUUAUAAUCAAAAUCCAUUAGUUGUUGUAAAUACUGAUGCUAACCUUAUUAAUGUUUAAUACUCUAACCCUGAAAUAAUAUAUUGCUCUAGUCCUAUAAGAUCAAAUAGGAAGUAUGGUAAUGACGGAGUUGGAGUAAGUGGAAUAAUCAAUGCCUUACAGUAGAUUUACUCAGAAUUAAAUUUAGUUUUUCCUGAACUAGACUUGAUUGGAUAAUUUAAUUUGCUAUCAACUGAUAAAAUGGAAAGUAAAGUAAUUCAAUCCAUUAUUAACAAUAAUAGAUAUAUUUCUAGCGAAGCAAUUAGAAAUGGAAAAAUAUCUUUUUGUUGUAAGUCUUUACAAUCAAUGGUUAUUAAAUACUUUUAUUACUUAAUAAUUUUACUCACCUUUAUUGUUAUCAGCUUGAGUAUAGGAUACUAAAUUUAUCUAUAACAAUCUGCUUCAUGGUCUUAGUUAAUUAUUCCCUAUUCGAUUCAAGUUCUAUCAUUUGUCCUCUAAACAAUAGUUUUUUUUGUAAUAAUCGUUGUCUCUGGAUUUAUAGAGAUGAAUAAUAAUAGUCAUAAUAGUGUAGGAACAAGAUUAGCCGUAUAAGUACCUUGUAUGUUUAUGCUUAUGCUUUCUUUUAUGCUCUAUUAAGUUAUUUUAGCUAGCACUAGAAGACUUCUUAUUUUAUUAAAACAGUUAGAUUAAACUGAGUUUAUAGAUGGAAAUUGUAUUUGA